CACCGGUGUAGACAAUAUCGACAGAAACCAUCUCUCACAAUGACGAAACUGUUGUUCGUGUGUAUAGCGAUAGUGGGCUGCGUAGGCGCCGCUCGUUUAGAUCACCUGGUACCCUCGGGCUACGCCGGCGGCCGCGCAGGGUUCGAUGCCACGCCCUACCACUACGAAAAUGUUAACAACGGUGAUGGGAACUACCGCUUCAGCUACGACACUCCUGAAGGAACAUCAGCUCACGAGUCUGGGUCCCCCCGAGCCCAAGGUCCAGAAGGUCCCGCAGUGACAGCCGAAGGAGGUUUCUCGUUCAGGACUCCAGACGGCCAGCAGGUCUCUCUCACCUACACCGCGGACGAAAACGGCUUCCAUCCGACUGGUUCCCACAUCCCUACACCACCUCCUAUCCCAGAAGCCAUACUUCGUUCCAUUGAGUACAACAGACAGCAUCCUUCACCUGAUGCAGGAUCCUUCAAUGGCGGACGCAACUACUACUAAUACUGGCGCGC